AGAGACAGAGAGAGAGAGAGAGAGAGAGAGAGAGAGAGAGAAAUACACCGCUCUGGGGCGUGCCCACAAAAAAUGAGUUCUUUAAGGAAAUGCAUCUGAGGUCGGCAGAGUCACAGAAACAGGGUGGUGGGUAUAGCGAGAGGGCAGUGUGAUUCUCCAACCCCUUUAUGUGAAGCCUCCUCUUGGAGCACUGAGUCGAUCUGAAGCCAAUGGUCCAUAGGCACGCAGAAUCAAAAUGGAGUCCUUCAGCUCUAAAGACAUGGCCAUGAAGGCCCAAAACAAAAUCCUCAGCCGUAUGGCCAGCAAAUCCAUGGUGCAGAUGUUCAUUGAUGACACCAGCAGCGAAAUCCUGGAUGAGUUCUACCGCGUCUCCAAGAUACACUCUGGGAACCGCACAGAAGCCCAGAAGGUGGUCAAAGACCUGGUCAAGGUGGUGGUUAAGGUGGGCAUUCUCUUUCGGCACGAUCGCUUCAGUCAAGAGGAGCUCAGCCUGGCACAGGACUUCAAGAAGAAGCUGCACCAGGGGGUCAUGACGGCAAUCAGCUUCCAGGAGGUGGAGUUCACAUUUGAUAAGGCUGUCAUGACAGAGCUUCUGACGGAUUGUAGGGACAUCCUGCUGAAGCUCGUAGAGAAACACCUGACUCCCAAAUCCCUCGGGCGCAUUCGGCAUGUCUUCAACCAUUACUCUGACCAAGACCUACUGACCAACCUCUACACCCCCGGUGGCCCUCUCUGGCCUAAUCUCACCAAGAUCUGCAGAGACCUGAACAAACUGGUUGAGGAAGGCAAGCUAUGAGUGGGAAUUCCAAACAGUCCUGGAAAAAUGAGAAACUUUUGCAAGCCUAUUAAGGAAUUCUGAAUUCAGUUUGCCCAAUGAAAAUACCAGGAGAUAUCAUUUUGAUAGCUUAAUGGGGACACUGAUUCAGUGUCAGUUGAUGAUGUAGAUAUUGAUUUAUGUUGGGAUCUUUAUGAGGGCAUGGAAUCAUCAUCCUUGCUUUACAACAUAAGCCAUCUGCAUUAGGACUGGGCGAUAUAAUAUGUAUUUGUCAUUAUCACAGUAUGAAUGUGCAUGAUAUGCAUCGUCACAUUUCAGUAUCUCACGAUAUUACCUCUACCUCUGCCUCGAUGCAUUUCAGUCCAACGCUGUGGGAGCUAAGUAAAGUCCAUUCAAGUAUGAUAUAUGAAAGAAAAAUAGCUUACAUUUGACCAAAAUCACCUAUGAAAUCCUCCAAAGAGAAAAAAUAACCUGCUAUAUAUAUAACCUGCUUCUUUGUCAGGACUCCCUGCUUCCAGCACGAUAAGAUUGCAUCUCUGGUCUACUUUCAAUUGAUUUGUCCUCCUUUUUUAAGAUAUUCCGUUUCCGGGGAAACUAAUGGACUUUAAUAGGACAUCAGUCUGCCUGUGCAGUCACAGCAGUUGCUAACCUCAUUUAAAGUACUAUUCAAAUUUAAAGUGGCUAUCUAGGACCAACAGACAACCACCUCAAUUAGUGUCAGGGCCACAUCUAUGCGUGCAGCCUUAGUAUCUGUCUGAUCACUGACUGUUCUGCUUGUUACAAAGAGUUUUUGAGACCGGCCAAUGGCAUUUCAUUUCUAAUCCAUGUCUGAAUUAAAGUCCUGCUGUACAGUCUUUGCAAUGAA